AUGGCCAACAGCCUCGAGGCCAAGAUCGUAGUGCUCGGCAGCCAGGGCGUAGGAAAGACUUCGUUUGUCCACCGCUAUGUUAAGAACGCAUUCGCACCACCUUCGACGCAGUCUACCAUAGGCGCGUCCUUCCUUACGAAGAGAGUCAUCGAUGUCGACACAUCCACGGUCGUCAGGUUGCAGAUCUGGGACACUGCAGGGCAAGAGAGGUUUAGGUCCAUCUCCAAGCUAUAUUACAGAGGAGCCAACGCUGCCGUACUUUGCUAUGAUAUCACCGACCCACAGUCGUUCGACGAGAUGGGACGUUGGCUGAAAGAGCUCAAAACCAACCUCGGAGAUGAUAUUAUUUUACACGUUGUAGGAACAAAGUCGGACGUCGUCGCCGAAGACCCAUCUCAACGCAAAGUCCCUUUCGAGCGAUGCAUAGCAUACAUCGCCGAACAGCUAUACCCAGCGCAGAAUGCACAAGAGCACAGCGGACAUCCUGCAGGAUGGAGUUCAGCCCCUGCGACGUUUCGCAGUGGUGCAAUGGCGUCUCCCCAGAGCAAUCGAUCGAGUGGCUUCUGGGGCCAGGACAUUGGCUGGGACUGCUGCCACGAGAUCAGCGCAAAGGACGGCGAGGGUGUAGAUGAGGUGUUCCGAGUCAUCACAAGGAAACUAGUCGAACAGCAGCAACGAAGAUUCGAGGCUGAGCAGAGACAGCUCGCGAUGGCUGGCAUGACACCUGGCGUCGACGCAUACGGCAACAACAACGGAUACUUCGACUACCCUGGAAAUGGGAAUGGAAGCUUCCGCGUAGGCGCUGGCGACAAGCGACGAAGCUGGCUAGGAUUUCCUGCUACACCCGGCGCCAGCGGUCAUCAACAAGAUUGGGAGCGUGACAUCGACCGAGCGCAGAAAACACAAGGCGGCAGAUGUUGCUGA